CUCACCGCAUCACUUCGUCUCGUCACGUCAACACCUCACCGACUCUCCCCACCACCCAGUCCAACAACAGAUUCCUUAUCCUAUCAUCAGUCCUCUCGUUUACUACCACCACGCCCUUCCCUCAACCAUAUCCCUGUCCAGCAGCUCUGUGAAUGGAGAAUUACACAAGAAUAGAGAAGAUCGGCGAGGGUACGUAUGGUGUCGUCUACAAGGCUCGACACAUUCAAACAGGCGAUGUUGUCGCGCUCAAGAAGAUUCGUUUGGAGGCAGAGGACGAGGGCGUGCCCAGCACCGCAAUCAGGGAGAUCUCCAUCCUCAAGGAGAUCCGGAGCGAGAACGUCGUAAGGUUGCUUGAUGUCAUCCACGGAGACGCCAAGCUCUACCUUGUCUUCGAGUUCUUAGACAUGGAUCUGAAGCGCUAUAUGGAGAGCGUCCCCCCCGACGGUCUUAACGCAGAUGUCGUCCGUAAAUUUACGUACCAACUCAUCAAGGGCCUGUAUUAUUGCCACGCUCAUCGGGUUCUGCACCGUGAUCUCAAGCCCCAAAAUCUUUUGAUUGACAAAAAAGGCAACCUCAAACUCGCUGACUUUGGGCUCGCUCGUGCGUUCGGCAUUCCUCUCCGCACCUACACCCAUGAAGUCGUCACCCUUUGGUAUCGUGCCCCGGAGGUCCUUCUCGGCUCGAGACAUUAUUCCACAGCCGUUGAUUUGUGGUCCGUUGGCUGCAUCUUCGCAGAAAUGGCGAUGCAUGGCCAGCCGCUCUUCCCAGGGGACUCGGAGAUUGACCAGAUCUUCCGUAUCUUCCGUACACUUGGUACACCAGACGAAGAUGUUUGGCCUGGGGUUCGGCAAUUGCCUGACUACAAGGCCUCCUUCCCGCAAUGGGCUCCUAUUGAUCUUUCCAAGCAAAUAUGGCGUCUCGACGAGGCCGGCUGGGAUCUUCUCCAGCGCACGCUUAUCUAUGAUACAGCGAAUCGUAUUUCAGCCAAACGUGCGCUUGUCCACCCUUACUUUGAGGGCUUCACCGAUUAUUAGGCUGCGGAGUCGGCUCAUGUUUUCCUUUCCUUAUCGCGAGCAUUGUAUUUCCAUCAUCCGUCCUUUAUGCCGCCAGCGACGUUUGCCUACACUUGCUGCAUCGUGUUCUUCACCGCAUCACUCACGACAGCACUCCUUGCACCUUAUCCCUCCUUUUUUUGUGCACAUGGACGUAAUUGAGGACGGUAACUUUCGUUCCGUUUUC